ACUUCUCAUCAAGUUGCAGAAUCACUCAAAACACUUUUCUUGAAUUUUCUUCUAUAAAUUCAUUCUCUUAAACCAUUCACAUCCCCCUUUCUCUCCUUCUUCUUCUCUUGCUUUCGUUUUUCUUCAUACGAUUCAUUAUAGAAGUUCUCAGUUUCUGUUAGAAUAAUCUUUCAAAAAAAAAAAAAUCGAUAAAAACAUUGAUGCUUAACCAGCAGUUCUUGGUCUUUGAGACACAUGUCUCCGAUUAUACUCAGUGAGAUCUUCCUCUCUGGGUUUAUGUUAAACUCUACAAUCAGGCGCAGGACCCAUCUCGUUCAAUCUUUCUCUGUUGUCUUCCUUUACUGGCUUUACUACGUCUCAUAGUUUCUCAAACUCUCAACUUUAUUACAUAGUCGUAUAAUUAAAAUAAAACCCUAGUUUCAAAAAAUAAAUCUUUUUUCUUGGUUCUGUUCUGUUCUUGACUUCCCCUACAAGAAAACCCAUUUUAAUAUUCUCUCUUCUCGAAAAAGACUUCUUUGUUUGUUUGUGUGUGUGUGUGCUGGAUGGACUCGUCGUCGUCUGGAACAACUUCUUCGACGAUUCAAACGUCGUCAGGACCUGAGGAGAAUCUCAUGGAGCAGAGAAAACGGAAGAGGAUGCUCUCAAACCGUGAAUCAGCGAGGAGAUCAAGAAAGAAGAAACAGAAGCUUCUUGACGAUCUAACGGCUCAGGUUAAUCAGCUUAGGAAAGAGAACAGCGAGAUCGUGACAAGUGUCAGCAUCACAACGCAACACUAUUUAACCGUCGAAGCAGAGAACUCUGUUCUCAGAGCUCAGCUCGAUGAACUCAGCCACAGGCUCGAAUCUCUCAACGACAUCAUCGGUUUCCUUGACAAUACCAACGGGAUCUGUUCGAACACUCUGUCUGGUCCAGAGUCUGAUGAUUUCCUCGUGAGUCAGUUUAAUAUGAACAUGUUUUAUAUGAACCAGCCACUCAUGGCAUCUUCUGAUGCGUUACUGUAUUAGAAAUGUGGACCUAAAAACCUCGAAAUUACAAAAUGUGGUCGCUUUUUUUGUCUGAUUGCAAGAUAUGUCCAAAGAGCAAGAGAGAGAUAUGUGUAUAAAUGGGUAUGUUGUUCGAUUGUUCCAUUUCAUUUUCUUUUUGUAGUUUGUUCCGUCUUUGGCGCAAUGUAGUAAAAGCAUUGUUAUGAGUGUUGUUUGUAAUAAAGGCUCUGUUGCCGCAUGACUACAAAGUGCUUUUAAUA